CGCCAUCUUGGCGCCUCCUUAGUGCAGGAGCCGGAGCGGGCUCGGCCGGCGAGAGUGGCUCCUCCUUAGCGGUGGAGCGAACCACUGCAAGGAGGGGCAGCUAGCGGGGCGGCCGGCACCACUGUGGGGGAGAGGGAGACGCGAACGAGCUGGCAGGGGCGGACGGCUCCAUCGGGCGGAGGGUGUAGGGGUUCGGGCGGAACCACUGUUUGGGGGUGGGGGGGGGGGAGUGUAACGGGCCGGGGCGGAACCAUGCGGAGGCGCUGCUAGGGGGGCGGAUCCGCCAUGGCCUCGAACUGCGCGGGGGGCUCGUCGGCGGGGGGCGCCGGGGCGGCGCUGGGGGCCGCGCUCAGCGCCAGCAAGACCAAGACCAAGAAGAAGCAUUUCGUGUGUCAGAAGGUGAAGCUGUUCCGGGCCUCGGAGCCGCUGCUCAGCGUCCUCAUGUGGGGGGCCAACCACACGAUCAAUGAACUAAGCAAUGUUCCUGUCCCUGUCAUGUUAAUGCCAGAUGACUUUAAAGCCUACAGUAAGAUUAAAGUGGACAAUCAUCUUUUCAACAAGGAAAACUUGCCAAGCCGUUUUAAAUUUAAGGAGUACUGCCCGAUGGUGUUCCGAAACCUCCGCGAAAGAUUUGGGAUUGAUGAUCAAGAUUAUCAGAACUCUGUAACACGAAGCGCUCCAGUGAACAGCGACAGCCAAGGUCGAUGCGGGGCCCGUUUCCUGACCACCUACGACAGGAGGUUUGUCAUUAAGGCAGUGUCGAGUGAAGAUGUAGCAGAGAUGCACAACAUACUAAAGAAGUACCAUCAGUUUAUAGUGGAAUGCCAUGGGAACACCCUUCUCCCCCAGUUCCUAGGCAUGUACAGACUCACCGUGGAUGGAGUAGAAACCUACAUGGUAGUCACCAGGAACGUAUUUAGUCACAGGUUAAUUGUGCAUCGGAAGUAUGAUCUGAAGGGCUCAACAGUCUCCAGGGAAGCAAGUGACAAAGAAAAGGCCAAGGAUUUGCCAACGUUCAAAGACAAUGACUUCUUGAAUGAAGGCCAGAAGCUCCACGUUGGAGAAGAGAGUAAAAAGAACUUCCUCGAAAAGCUAAAGCGGGACGUGGAGUUUUUAGCUCAGCUGAAGAUCAUGGACUACAGCCUGCUGGUGGGCAUUCACGACGUUGACCGGGCAGAGCAGGAGGAGAUGGACGUGGAGGAUCGGGCUGAGGACGAGGAGUGUGAGAACGAUGGCAUUGGCGGGAACCCUAUUGGCUCUUACGGGACCCCACCUGACAGCCCCGGCAACCUCCUCAACUUCCCGCGGUUCUUCGGGCCUGGGGAGUUUGACCCUUCGGUCGACGUGUAUGCCAUGAAAAGCCAUGACAGUGCCCCUAAGAAGGAGGUAUAUUUCAUGGCCAUUAUAGACAUUCUUACGCCGUACGAUGCAAAGAAGAAAGCUGCACAUGCUGCCAAAACAGUGAAACAUGGGGCCGGGGCAGAGAUCUCCACGGUGAAUCCGGAGCAGUACUCUAAACGCUUCAAUGAAUUUAUGUCCAAUAUCCUGACAUAGUCACCUUCUACCUUGAGCCAGAAAGGAAGAGAAGAGGGGCUACUUCUGAGCAGAGAACACGGCCUGACACACUAAAACAGACACUGUAGCAGCAGCACGUGGGAGAUGAGUGAGUGUGAGCAUGUGGCACUGUAUGAUUUACAGGAAACUAAUCUAGGUGCAUUCUCAAAUAUUCCACUUGACCCAGGUGGAAAAGUGGCUUUUUUCCUUUUGUUACAGAAAUGCCCAAAUAGAGAUUUGAGGCUUUUUUAAAAAAGAGAAUCUAAUUGCUGCAGCACUGCUGUUCAUAAUGACAUUUUCUCCUCUCUGAUCAAGAGACGCCAGUAAGGAUACCAUGAAUGGCUGUUUAAAAGGGGGAGCUCUAACCUGUAGCUUGUGUUAAAUAAGAGGAGAAGCAAUGCCUAAUUCCACAAACUGCUGUUCUUUUUAAUGGACAGGUUUUUUUUUUUAACAGAAAGCCGUACAAACCCUUUUAUUUCCUUCUCGGUCGGGGUCGGAGUCGGGGCGGGGGGGGGGAAAGUAGUCUGCCAUUUUGAGGAUGAAAAUGUUGAGGAGCUGCUGAACCUUAACUAGGUAAAUUCAGGCUGGGAACCUUUUUUGCGGGGGUCUUAAAAAUUUCUUAAGAAUGAACGUCACAAGAAAGACGAGGGAAAUUAACAUCUACCAAAGAUGGUCACUUAAGGCAUAACUUAUAGAAGCUAAAAAGUAGUAUGAAAAAUACUGGAUAGCCACACAACCAUCAUGCUUAAGAUAGGUGGCCUGGGAAAAUUCCAUUGAAUAAGAAAAUCAUGUUAACUUAUUCUGUGGGUUUGGGGUUACAUUUGGCUGUCUAGGAAAAAAUGACAACUGUUAAAUCUCCCUGCCUCUAAAAUAGAGCUGAUGCAUGACAGUUCUGCCAGUGUUAAUCUAGCUAAUGUUCAGAGUCUUCCUAACUCAUCCAGUUCUGUUACAAGUACUUGAAUUGUUGCCUGAGAAGAGGUUUAAAAAAACAACCAACCCAACAUGAAGUGCAGCUUGAGAAAUGCAAAUUGCUGUCACUCUGGAGUGUUGGAGUUGUGACUGUAACAAGUUGGAUGUGUGUCCGGUUCCACUGCUCAACACAAAGGACUCCAAACUUGAGUUGUAAUUAUCUACGCUCUGCUUCGCUCCGGGUCCAUAACUCUAGCUGAUAGAGUGAGUCAAUGGGCAUAAAUGACUGAACACUUGCUCCAGAUAUUUUUCCCCAUAAGGAAUUUGAACUGAUUUGUGUGAUUGAAUUAUGUCCUAUUUGUCUCUAGAACGCUUGUAAUAUUUUUCACAGCCAAGCUUGUCGAAGUUGCUGUAAGUUUAAUUAGUUCUGCUACAGAACAGUUAUGUGUAUUUUUUUUUUUAAGCAGGAUUUAGCCGUUUUGAAGAGACCCUGCAGUUGACAUAAGUUGCUUAUCUGCCUUGAAACUGUUUUCACAAAUGCCUUUGUUUCAGGAAUAAGCUGUUAGAAUGUGUGUGUGUUCUGUGCUAUAAUAUGUGCUAGUUUGCUCUGUUGAUUUGGUCCUGUUGAGAGAGAAUCGGUGGUACUCAUCGUGUCUUGGUAACUAACUAGACUAAUGCUAGCUGUGAUUAGAUUCUGAAUGUGGGAUGACUAUUUUAAUCCACGUUCCUGACGUAAUUCCGCAGCUCUCGGCAUAGGGGAACGAUGGGAUUUGUCAAGACUGAAAACUGGGCUUAGAGUACAUUGUAAAUAGUGUUUAAAAAAGGUCUAAAACAAAUCAUUGGUUUUAAUGGGACAUGAAACUUUUUGUUCAUUUGUGGGUCAUUCCCUCUGAUGGGGGACAAAUUUUUUUUAUGCCAUUGUAAUCCAUUGUCUUGUUUUUGUGUAAAUUUGGGGAACUAACAUGCUAUUGUCUGACACCCUGGUAAAGAUUCUCGCACAUCUUAGUGUGUUUGGCUAACAAUACCACAGAUCAAGUGCAGGUAAGAGAAAACGUAGAGGGGGUGAAGGAGGAUAUUGGUUGCUUUCCUCUAAACAAAAAAUGCACUUGUCGUCCGUGAAAUAGGAAUUAAAUACCAUUCACGUUUUACUCUUGACAGUUUAAAAAGUCCUGUACCUACAUUUUGGCCUGGUAAAUUUGCCAUUCUCCUUGUGGGAAAUUAGUUGAAACUUUAGUAUGCUAGACUUAAAUAUGCAUUUUUUUUUUAAAUUACAGUAAAUAGGGAAGUAAACUGCACCCACUCAGCAGUGGUAUAUUUUAAGUGAGCAACCCAAAAACAGUCAACAGAAGUUUAUUAACUUGGGGCAAAAAAACUGAUUCACUGGAACUUGGUAAACAGCUGAAACCAAAACAUGUAGUUCCUGCAGCCAAUGUUACAAAAUACAUGACACUAAGGAUUUAAGACCUUGUGAUUUCUUUUCCCACUCUAGAUAGGGAGCAAAGAAUCCUCUAUUAGACCCCAUUUGGUUGUCUCAAUGCCUCAAGUGGUAUAAAAGCCCUAAAAAUAUCUGUUCACUUCAGCACUUACCCCAUUUUGCCAUUUUUGUUGCCAUACUGUGUGUGUGUGUGUGUGUGUGUGUGUGUGUAUAUAAAAAAAACUAAAUGCAAUUUUAUCAUUUAAAGAUGUAUUACCCAGGUAUACUUUAACAUAAGCAGUUUGUAUAUUGUUUACAUUGAGAGGUAGCAUUAUGUUAAAAAUGCUAAUUUUGUUUCUAGACAGUAUUUUUUUUGUUACUAUAAGAGGUGAAGCUGCAAAUAUUUGAUUUGUUUUUAAAAGGGACUUCUGCUUUUGUUUUAAUCUUGAUAUAGAAUCUUUAUUUUCUUGAGUUCAAAUAUUUAAACACCCUGCACCCCCCCCACCCCUGAUUUUUUUACAACUGCCUGUAAUAGCUUUAUCUAGUUUCAGUCUGACUUUGUGUUCUAGGUUGCUGAAUGUAGAUAUACUUUUGCCUGUAGCAUGUGCCCUCCCAUAUCACAUUACACUGAAGUGCAUUGCAAUUAAAACCAUAGCUCGCAUGGAAAAAGAUGCAGUCUUUAGAGCUGUAGAAUAAACUCUUAAUAGCAGAUCACUUAAGAGACUCCAGCCAAAUGGCAGGAAAGUCUCUUUGCUAACAUGCUAUAUCUUUUUCUAGAGAAUGCUGUGCAAAAAGCUAGAGUUGAGCUGGAAGAUAGGGAAUGUUCUCCCUUCCAGUACACACCCCACUAACUUUAGGAAAAAUUAAUCAGGGCAGGAGCAUCUCUCUCACUGUACUGGGCCUAACCCUACCUGGCCACACUCUGAUUUCUUUCAUGUACAGAUUGUCUGUCCUUGUCAUACACCUAUAAGAGCAGCAAGCAGAGGAGGUUAUCUUUGAGAAGAUGUGUAUGAUUGUUUCCUCCCUCUAUCAAUUUUUUUCUACUUAUCACUUAAUACAGUGCCUCUAAUGAUGCCCUAGUUUUGAUUGUAGUCCCUUUAGCUAAUUAUGAAGCUCUGGGGGGUGGGAGUGUACUUUAAAAAAGUCAACUGGUGUUUGACUUAAGAAUCAACUGGCCUUGGAAUUUUCAGCUAAAAAUACUGGAUAGGACCAAGGAUGUUAUGAAAAUAUUCAAGAUGCUGCCAGUUUAAAUAUGAGAUGGAAUGCAAUUUUCUUUAUGUAAAACAAUGCACUUUUGAGUGAGGGGGAUACAGACUUUAUAGCAUGAUGAAGGGCCUGCACUUCCACUUCCAGGAAAUCUAACUUCAGAUUUAAUUUUUACUGACAGUAAAAAUUAAGUAUGUUUUUAACAAUAUGGGGUGCUGGCCCUUAGCCACUGGCAGGAAAAGCUGUCAUUCUUUGCCUAGGUGGGCAAUCAAAACUGCCUUCAACAGUGUUCUAACCCCAGGUGAAACUAGAGGCAUAAAAUUGUAGUGAGACUAAUUUGAGAAGUCUUUUGCUGGGUGAAUUAUAUUCUGGCCUAAACCUGUGAAGGACUCCCUAGCCUAUACUUACUGUGCAAAGGUGCCCCACUUGUUGCUGUAGAAAGGCUGGAGUGUUUUUAAAUGUUAGGUGGUAUAAACAAACAUUUCAAAGGUCAAGGGUGUGUGCACUAAAACUUUGGUUGCACCAUCCUACAGCUAAUUUGAAUACAAUACUCUCCCCUCCUGCUUUUUAAUGCACCAUUUACAACUUGCCUACUUGUCCUCCUUGCUGAGCUUAUUUGCCAGCAUCCAUGAUAUUAGCCAUGACUGACUGUCCUUGACAUGUAUAAUGAAUUCUUGUGAUUCAAGUGGUUUAAGUUGACAACUCAGAUCUUGUGCUGUUCUUUGUUUAGAUGUAUGAUACUAAAUGCAAUUGGAUUGAGCUGUGUUAAAUGAGCUUGUUACACACAGAUCAGUGGUGGGGCUAAUCAGUGCAACUGAAAAAAUGUGAAUAAAUUAAAUUUAACCUAAACCUAAGAAGAAUGGAGCAUUCUAGAUUUUCACUGCUGUUUCAGUUUUGUUUUUUUUUAAAUAGGAAUUAAGUCCUCUGUGCUUGUCUGUUUGCUAGGAGCAAUUUGAGAAACUUACUGUUUUGAAAUGCAUGCAUGUUACAAGAUGAGUCUCAGCCAGAAAAAAAAAUUAAAAGUUUGUGUA